CGGGGACGGAAGGCGGAAGCAGAGCGUGAGCGGGAGGCGGAGCCGGGGGAGCUGCUCUCGUAGCUCCCCCUGGCCCUAGGCCCAGCUGCUCGAGGGGGAGGAGUUACCGCCGCUCUUCGGGCAUCAGAACUUAUCAUGAUGGCUGUGACCUAAAAUCCUCAGGAAGCCCCGGGGUCAUGGCCCAGAAGCACCCCGGAGAAAGAGGGUUGUGUGGAGCCCACCACAGUGGUGGUGCCUCCUUCAGGACUUUAGGAUCCUCUGUGGACCCUGAAAUACUUUCAUUCUCAGGACUCAGGGACUCAGCGGGGCCUGCUCCUAAUGGUACCCGCUGCCUCACAGAGCACUCUAGUCCUAAGUACACACAGCCCCCAAACCCAGCCCACUGGUCGGAUCCAAGCCAUGGCCCCCCAAGGGGUCCAGGACCCCCUAGGGAUGGAGAGGACCCUGACCAGAGUGAGGCAUCUUCAGAAGAAGAGUCAGGAGUGGACCAGGAACUCUCAAGAGAGAAUGAGGCUGGGUACCAGGAGGAUGGGAACCCUUCUUUUCUUUCCAUUCCAUCUGCUUGCAACUGCCAGGGAACCCCUGGAAUCACUGAAGGGCCUUACUCUGAGGGAGGAGAUAGCUCUUCUAGCAACUUUUGCCACCAUUGUACCUCUCCAGUUUUGGGGGAAGAUGAAGAGUUGGAAGAGGAAUAUGAUGAUGAGGAACCUCUUAAGUUCCCCAGUAAUUUUUCACGUGUGCCCAGUGCGAAGAAACCGCCACCCCGGCGACAGCGGCACCGCGUCCCGGCCAAGGAGGAUACUCGGGAGGGUGGACGCAGAGAUCCCAGGUCCCCUGGCCGACAUCGGUUGGGCCGGAAAAGAAGUCAGGCAGAUAAGCGCAGAGGCCUGGGAUUAUGGGGAGCAGAGGAACUGUGUCAGCUUGGACAGGCAGGCUUCUGGGGGCUGAUUGAACUGCUGGUAUUGGUGGGAGAGUACGUGGAAACUUGUGGCCAUCUCAUCUAUGCAUGCAGGCAGCUGAAAGGCAGCGAUCUGGACCUUUUUCGAGUCUGGCUGGUAGUCUGGGCAGGGCGGCUGGGGGGCUGGGCCCAGGUGAUGUUCCAGUUUCUGAGCCAAGGAUGUUACUAUGGGGCAGGGCUGUUCACCCGUUUUCUUAGGCUACUGGGUGCUUUGCUGCUUCUGGCUCUGGCCCUCUUGUUGGGCUGUCUACAGUGGGGCUGGCGGUUUCUGGUGGGACUGGGUGACUGGUUAGGCUGGAGGGGUAAAGCCACUUGGCUCUUUUCUUGGCUGGAUUUUCCCACCUUGCAGCGUUGCCUGAUUCUGCUGAGAGAUAGCAGGCCAUGGCAGCAGUUGGUAAAAAUGUUUCAGUGGGGUUGGCUGGAGUUGCCUUGGGUCAAGCCAAGGACUAAUAGGCAGGGGAAUGCACCUGUAGCAGGUGGUCGCUACUGCCAGCCUGAGGAAGAAGUGGCUCGACUCUUGACCAUGGCUGGGGUUCCUGAGGAUGAGCUAAACCCUUUCCAUGUGUUGGGGGUUGAAGCCACAGCAUCAGAUGUUGAACUGAAGAAGGCCUAUAGGCAGCUGGCAGUGAUGGUUCAUCCUGACAAAAAUCAUCAUCCCCGGGCAGAGGAGGCCUUCAAGGUUUUGCGGGCAGCUUGGGACAUUGUCAGCAACCCUGAAAGGCGGAAGGAAUAUGAAAUGAAACGAAUGGCAGAGAAUGAGCUGAGCCGUUCAGUGAAUGAGUUUCUGUCCAAGCUGCAGGAUGACCUCAAAGAGGCAAUGAAUACUAUGAUGUGCAGCCGAUGCCAGGGAAAGCAUAGGAGGUUUGAAAUGGACCGGGAACCUAAGAGUGCCAGAUACUGUGCUGAGUGUAAGAGGCUGCAUCCUGCUGAGGAAGGAGACUUUUGGGCAGAGUCAAGCAUGUUGGGCCUCAAGAUCACCUAUUUUGCACUGAUGGAUGGAAAGGUGUAUGACAUCACAGAGUGGGCUGGAUGCCAGCGUGUGGGAAUCUCCCCAGAUACCCACAGAGUCCCCUAUCACAUCUCAUUUGGUUCUCGGAUUCCAGGCACCAGUGGGCGGCAGAGAGCAACCCCAGAUGCCCCUCCUGCUGACCUUCAGGAUUUCUUGAGCCGGAUCUUUCAAGUACCCCCAGGCCAGAUGUCCAAUGGGAACUUCUUUGCAGCUCCUCAGCCUGGCCCUGGGGCCACUGCAGCCUCUAAGCCCAACAGCACAGUACCCAAGGGAGAAGCCAAACCGAAGCGGCGGAAGAAAGUGAGGAGGCCCUUCCAACGUUGACACCCCUUCUCUUCUUUCCUCAGAUCAAUGUCAGGGAGUCAAAAGGGCUGUGUAUAGCACAGGAUGGAGUUUUGACUUGUUUAUUUUUAAAUAUUUAAAAAAGGGAAAAUUUUAAGCCCAAAUUGUUCACUCAGUACUUGUAGGAAGCCCCGGAACCACUCUCCCUCCUCCACCAGCACCUAGGAACUGAAUCUUGUCUUCUGACAAUACCAAAGAAAUAGGGGGUGGCUAGAGCAAAGAACCUAGAGCCCGGACCUGGGCUGGACAAUAUCUCCCAUGGUAGUGUGUGAACUGGUAUUUCCCUGGGGUCUGUAUGCCUUUGUCUUUUGCUUCUAGAGCAGAUGACACUUUCCCCCCCUCUUUUUAAACUAUGAGUCUAUCUUAUAAUUUCUUGACCCAUUUCAGGAGGGAGCCCCCUCCUUUACCCCAACAUACUAGUUAAAAGAGAACAAGAAAGCAUGUAGCCCUAAUUAUAGGAGAUUAUACAUAGAGUUCAGAGAGUGGGAACUUUAAAUUUUUCCUCUGACAUUCACCUUGUGGGUAAUCACCCAACUUCAUGCUUGUUGCUGCAGGGAUGGCCAAAACUAAUAAUUUUUAAAAAAGCAGACUCAUGCCCUCUGCCCUUGGGUGAGGGGGAAGGAUAAAGGGGCUCCCAGAAGCCCCCUUAUGAUCCAAGGGUUUGUAUUUUUUUAAGUUUGUUCAUAUUUGUAUGUACAUAUCUAUUUAAAGCCAGGGGAUUAUCUUUCUAUAAAUAUAUAACUGGCAACCUGUA